AUGACUUCUGAGAAAGGUCCUUCAACAGGUGACGCCACGCUGAGGAGAAGGAUUGAGCCCUGGGAAUUUGAUGUCUUCUUUGACCCCAGAGAACUCCGUAAAGAGGCCUGUCUGCUCUAUGAAAUCACGUGGGGCACAAGCCAUAAGAUCUGGCGAAACUCAGGCAAAAACACCACCAAUCAUGUUGAAGUUAAUUUUAUAGCAAAAUUUACUUCCGAGAGACAUUUUCAUUCAUCCAUCAGCUGCUCCAUCACCUGGUUCUUGUCCUGGAGUCCCUGCUGGGAAUGCUGCAAGGCUAUAAGAGAAUUUUUGAGUCAAUACCCUAGUGUGACUCUGGUUAUUUAUGUAGCACGGCUUUUUCAGCACAUGGACCAACAAAACCGGCAAGGACUCAGGGACCUCAUUAACAGUGGUGUAACUAUCCAGAUUAUAAGAGUCUCAGAGUAUUGUCACUGCUGGAGGAAUUUUGUCAACUACCCACCUGGGGAAGAAGCUCACUGGCCAAGAUACUCAUCUCUGUGGAUGAUGCUGUACGCUCUGGAACUCCACUGCAUAAUUCUUGUACUGUUUCAAGAACAAGCAAUGGUGACCUACUAGAGUAAGUGCAAUUAAGAAUCCAGAAAUUUUCACAAACAGCGCAUCAUGGAUUAUAUUAUCUCCGACCAUAUUCCAAAUUACUUCCCAAACUUUGUGGCUUAAAACAAUAAAUAUUCAUUAUCUCUCACA